GCGGCGUCAGGGCACUCCCCGAGCGGGGAUCACGCGUGCGCGCCGCCUAUAUAACGCACGCGCGCGCUCGAUCUGAUUCAUUCUAAAUUCAAACUCCACCGCUUAAAGAGAAUUUAAUUUAAAAAAAAAACCGGUCGCAGUCUCUGACACCUUCCAAACUCAAAAUAAAAAUGAAGGCCUACUCAGUCGUCGGAAACAAGAAGAAAGUGACGAUGCAGAUCAACGCAUCCCGCCUGAAAGUUGUUGGCAACAAUUGCAUAGUGCGAGUGACCUGCAACCAAGGAGAAGUGGAAGUGAUCGGCAACGAUUGCUUCGUAGAAGUCGCUGACAACUACGGGAAUAUAAAUCUGGUUGGUGCUAACGGCAAUGUUUCGAUCGGGAAGCGAUGGAAAGGAGAUAAAGUGAAUCUAGUUGGGCCGCACCAUCUUGAGGUAGCUGGGAAGAAGAAGACAGUUGGAUAUGAAGCUCAGCUUUCGCCAAUGUCGCCUUUCAGCAAGGACUUGGAUGAUGUGAUCGAAUCCAUCUUUACUUUUGUUAUGCGAUGAUCGGAUUUCAGAAGGCAGUGAAUUUGUGAAAUGAAAAUCGCAAGACAUUCUGUGUUCUAGUGUAUUUCUGUGCCGUCUUUAAGAGUAGAUACUCUAUUCUUUGUACGAAGGACUACAGUGUAUACUUAAGUUUAUAAAAGGAGGUUGUAUUUACUGUAGGUAUCUACCUACACGCUUGGCGUUGAAGUCGCUUCCGUGAAAAGAAAAUGUGGUUGUUAAUUUUAUAGAGAUUGGAGAUUUUUAAUAUAUUUUUAGAAUAAUA